UUGAUGAGUAUGAUUGAAAAUAUUUACAACAUUCAUAAAAUUAAAAACUUGCUUCGUUAUAAUUACACUUUGUUGCAAAGAAACUAAGCCUGGAAAAUAAGCCAGUAGUAGUAGAAUAAUUAUUAAAAAUUUUUACAAUGUCUACUCAAGAUUAUGAGAAUCAUAUAGAAGAUCUUCAAAUAAAAGAACGCAGACCUUCGGCUUUAAAUGAAUUAAAGCUUAUGUUAACAUAUAAACCAGCUUCCGAAGCCGUAGCAAUAAUUCAAAGUACUGGAAUUUCCAAAAUUCUUCAGUGUUUAAAUUCUUCGGAUAAGAUACAAAUAGAAUUGACUUGUGAAGUACUAAAAAUAUGUUUCGAAAAAUUUGAAGCUGGAGAAGUCAUUAAAAUAUACAUUAGUUAUAUUAUGUACUUGUUACGACAUGAGAAUGAAUGUGUCCGAAGAUUGGCUAUUGAUGAGGUCUAUAAAACAAUAACAAAUGAUGCUAUCUUAUUGCCCAUGCCAAAAUAUAUAGACUUAUAUGUGGCUACAGCACAAAUGGUCUGUGAUCAAGAUGUUGGAAUUUCUAAUAAAGCUGUUUUUAUAACAUCUAAUCUAUCAGCUGAAGCUUAUGCUAAAGUAUUGGAAGAAAUGAAAAUAGCUUUGGAAUGUAAUAGCAGUAGCAAAUGUAAUGCUUUCGAGGUAAUAAUCAAUAUUUCAACAAAAUCUUACGAUCUAUUCAAUUUGUGCAUAGAUCAAGGAUACAUUGAUUAUAUGGCAAAUGAACUUCAGUCAGAUGAUAUACUUUAUCAAUUGAAUAUUCUUGAACUGUUAUCACAAUUGGCAAUUAAACCAUAUGGAAUCAAUUACCUCAUAAAACAAGGAAUCUUAUUGAAGAUAUCAGAGUUAGUAAAAGGCUUUCAUCAAAAUCCUUUUGGGGGUCUUUUAAUACCAGGUUAUAUGAAAUUUUUUGGAUGCAUUGCACAUUAUUAUCCAAAGGAGAUAUUCCAGAAAUAUCCUGUUUUAUUAGAAUCUCUUUUUGAUGCUUUGGAUUCUGAAGAUGCCACAAUAUUACCAGUAGCUCUAGACACACUUGGUUUCAUAGGAACCACAAUAGAGGGCAAGAUGUGCUUAAUGGCACUAGGAAGCAAGUAUACACAAAUUGUUGAAAAAUUAGGACUGAAUAUUAAAAAUAGUCCCACAGAAAUAAAAAUCCGUUCAUUGCAAUGUAUAGCUAACCUUAUUGGUAUAGACAAAGAUCCAAAAGCAAAGGUUGAUCCUAUUGACAACAGGGUAACUCUAAUGACUCGGGAAUGGUUUAGAAGUCUCAGCAAGCAACCAGACGCAAUGGAUGUAUUGUUUGAAAAUUGUAAAAAUCCAUUUCCAGACAUAACAUUAGCUGCUUUAACUUUACUCAAUGCUAUUUGUCAACAUCAUUGGGGUGAAGAAUUAGUAGCAAGAACAGCAGGUUUUAUUGAGUACCUUCUUGAUCGGUCUGUUAAUUUUACAAAAGAAUCAAAAGAAAUAAAAUAUGAAAUAAUUAAAUGCUUGUCAAAUUCUACAGUAUUUGAUGACAAUAUCUUAACCAGGCUCCAAAAAUAUGUGGAACAGGGUCCUUUUUACACUGAAAUAGUAACUCAAGUAGCUAUGGAGGAAGAAUAA